AUGAAUCAUAAGUUAUGGUUGAUAGUAGUACUUGCGAUAUUCACAGUCUACCGCGCCAAUGGAGCACCAGCACAAGGAGUGGAUCCGAAUUUGACAAGUUUUUAUCACGAAGCUGACGACACGGAGCAAAUGUUUUCUUAUCGAACAAAGGAUGGCCAAUCUCGCGAAGAGACGACAUCCUGGGACCCGGAAACGGGUAAACUCGUCAUCUCGGGUUGGUAUCGCUACAUCGGGCCGGACGGAGUCUACUACACGGUACAGUACGUGGCGGACGAAAACGGGUUUCAACCGCUGGGUGCGCAUCUCCCCGGUGCCGAUCCCAAUCCGGAUUUGUACGCCAUUUCUACGCCACAAUCGGGCGGAUUAUCGAAAACUGUGCUCCUGUCGUUGGUCGGGUAG